AUGCCAGACCCCGGUGGGGUCAACAGCAAAGAGAUGUCUACUUUCCUUGAGACACUGGAAGACAUGGAAGAGUCUCUUGAGAGCUUCUCUAACCCCUAUAGAGACUAUGCCAACAUCUCCACUGUUCUAGAAUCACAUCCCUCCAUACCUCUGACCGACUUUGGGGAGAGCAACUGGCACAGUCCAACCCACAGCCAGGUGAUGCCUUCUCCAGCCCUCGGUGGUGAGCAAAACAUCAAUGGGGGUCAGACGCCAGCCUCCACUGCUGACCAGACCACCAAUGGACGACUGAUGCCAAUCCCCGGUGGUGACCAGACCAUCAACGGAGAACAGAUGCCACUCCCCAGUGGUGACCAGACCAUGUAUGGAGGACAGAUGACAGUCCCCAAUCGUGACGGGACCAUCAAUGGAGGACAGAUGCCAGUCCCUGGUGGUGACCAGACCAUCUCUGAAGGAUUCAUGCCAGUCCCCGGUGGUGACCCGGCCAUCUAUGGAGGACAGAUGCCAGAUCCCAGCGGUGACCACACCAUCAAUGGAGGACAGAUACCAAUCCCCAAUAUUGAACAGACCAUCAAUAUGGGUCAGCUACCAGCCCCCAGUGGUGACCAGAUCAUCUAUGGAGGACUGAUGCCAACCCCCGGUGGUGAACACACCAUGAAGGAAGAACAGAUGCCACUCCCCAGUGGUGACCAGACCAUGUAUGGAGGACAGAUGUCAGUCCCCAAUCGUGACGGGGCCAUCAGUGGAGGACAGAUGCCAGUCCCUGGUGGUGACCAGACCAUCUCUGAAGGAUUGAUGCCAGUCCCCGGAGGUGACCCGACCAUCUAUGGAGGACAGAUGCCAGAUCCCAGCGGUGACCACAGUACCAAUGGAGGACAGAUACCAAUCCCCAGUUUUGGCCAGACCAUCAAUAUGGGUCAGCUGCCAACCCCCGGUGGUGAACAGACCAUCAAUUGGGGUCAGAUGCCAAUCCCUGGUGGUGACCAGACCAUCUAUGGAGAACUGAUGCCAACACCCGUUGGUGAACAGACCAUCAAAGGGAGUCAGAUGCCAGUCCCCGGUGAUAACCAGACCGUCAAUGGGGAACAGAUGCCAGUCUCCGGUGUUGACCAGACCAUGUAUGGAGGACAGAUGUCAGUUCCCGGUGGUGACCAGGCCGUCAGUGGAGGACAGAUGCCAGUCCCCGGUGGUGACCAGACUAUUAAUGUGGGUCAGAUGCCAAUUCCCACGGGUGUCCAGACCAUCUAUGGACGACUGAUGCCAGUCCCCGGUGGUGAUCAGACCAUCUAUGAAGAAUUGAUGCCACUGCCCGGUGCUGAGCAGACCAUCAAUGGAGGACAGAUGCCAAUCCCUGGUAGUGUCCAGACCAUGUAUGGAGCACAGAUGCCAAUCCCCAGUGGUGUCCAGACCCUCUGUGGAGGACAGAUGCCAGUGCCCAGUGGUGUCCAGACCAGCUUGGAGGAACAGACAAUGGCUUUUCUUGCUAAGCAUGCUUUCGGUAGUGGUCAUGUAGUCACCUGCAAUAGUACCCAGAACCUCUCCUGGGACUCUGUGCCGACUCAGCAACUUCUGUCGUUGACAUGCCCACAACUCGUCCAUGUCUCAAGAUCCCCUUCCACGCAAGGACAAGCCCCAGACAAGUGGGCCCUCAAGACCCAGAGUUUCCAGCUCCCCCAGCAUCCUGCCCGACUGAAGCCCUAUGUCUGCACAUACCCAGGCUGUGGCAAAUCCUACUUAAAGCCUUCCCACCUCCAGAUCCACAAUCGCAAACACACUGGGGAGAAGCCCUAUGUAUGCGAUGUGACGGGCUGUACGUGGAAGUUCUCCCGCUCAGAUGAACUCAAACGACACAAACGGACACACAGCCAAGAUCGGCCCUACCUGUGUACCAAAUGCAACAAGAAUUUUGCAAGAGCUGAUCAC